AUGCUUUGCUCUGGAAUUCGAUUUCUGGUUUCAUGGACGACGUUCUUGUUCUCGCUCUCGUGAAAUUGUUUUCUUGCUUUCAGUUGUUUAAGAUGACGUGUGUUUUUUUUUUCCUUAUUCUGCAUGUUCGAGUCAAAACGUGUAGUUCCGCUUCGAUGGAUGACGAAAGGAUGAACGAAGUUUAUGAAAAUUUUGGCGUUCAAAUUCUGGUGCUUCCGGAGUAAUGUGGAACCUCAAUCCGACGUUUGAGUUGUUUUUGGGGGUUUCUUGGUUUUUAAUCGAGUGGAUGGAUGACGCGAGGGAGAGAGUUUUGAUGCUAAUUGUGAGAAUGUGCCUGAGUCCUGAAUUUAUGGUAAAGCUGCCGGGUGAUUGAAAUGAUUCUUUUAGGCUCCUUAAAUGGAUGAUGUGGAAAAUAUUCUUAUGAAAAUGAUUGCUUGCGUUGCUUACAAAUAUGAAUAAAACCAAAAAUAUUUUCACCAUCAAUCAAGGUGUUUAGACAAAAAUUGUUGUCGACUAUGGAAAUAUUCUUCAUUGAUUAAUUAUUUCAAACAAUACAAGAGAACAUUUUUAGGAAAAUAUUUUUCAGAUCAUCCAGCGAAGCCUUAGUGAUAAUUGCUGGAUGAUAUUCUGUUGAUUGAGCCUUCAUAAUCAUCUGAUAGGACCAGCAGCAGCAGCAGAUAGUUUUGUCCUUUUUCCUGAAGAAUGUAGUGUUAAGAGGCUCGGGCAAAGAUUGAAAUGAAACUUAUAGCUUGGUGAAUCUGAAAGUUUGAAUUUUCAAUUGUAAUAUCUAUUUGGGAUAUGUCACUGUUUAUGUAGUUACGCUCUUUUCUUUUUUCUCCGCAUUACUUUACAAUGAGAUAACUUGGUUAUUAUUGUUUCACAUGGUGAUCUUCCAAUUUGGUUUGCGCUUUUCAAGGUUAAGAUGGUUUUGAUAAUAUGUUGUAGUGAAGCUCAUCGAGUAUCUAGUAGUUCGCUGCUUCCUCUAUCUUCUUCGGUAAAUGGGCUGUUUCCCAUCGUCACACAGAAAACAGUUCGCUGGAUAUGUUGACCCUGUGACCCUUGCUUCGGAAACAGCUUUUAGUGUCAGCGAAGUUGAAGCACUGUUUGAGCUGUACAAGAGUAUGAGCAGCUCCGUGAUUGAUGAUGGGCUAAUAAAUAAGGAAGAGUUUCAGUUGGCUUUAUUCAAGAACAGAAAGAAGGAGAAUCUCUUUGCUAACCGGAUUUUUGAUCUUUUUGACGUUAAACACAAGGGCUUCAUUGACUUCGGUGACUUUGUUAGAUCUCUCAACGUUUUCCAUCCUAAUGUCCCUCAAGAAGACAAGAUUAAUUUUUCAUUUAAGCUUUAUGAUUUGGAAAGCACGGGAUUCAUUGAGCGGCAUGAGGUCAAGCAAAUGUUGAUAGCUCUUUUAUGUGAAUCAGAAAUGAACUUAGCUGACGAAACGAUCGAGAUAAUCCUUGACAAGACUUUUCUCCAAGCUGAUGUAAACGAGGAUGGGAAGAUAGAUAAGUGCGAAUGGCAGGACUUUGUUUCUAGAAAUCCAUCCUUGCUCAAGAUUAUGACCCUCCCCUAUUUGAGGGAUAUAACGACGACGUUUCCUAGUUUUGUGUUCCAUUCCGCAGUUGAGGAGAUUGUUACCUAAGGAGGUUGUAUGCAGGAACCACGCCAAUUAAUUUCCUGUUUUACACAAAAUCCAUUGAGAGAACGUGAGAUACUUCAUUCAAGGCCAAAGUAUCUGCAUUACUUCGAGAAUGGAACUUUGCCUACUGUAGAGAUGAUUGUGCAAUAGGGUGAAGUUUUGUCAAUCUUUUUUUAGCAUU